AUGGAUUCACCUAGUACGGACGUGGAGAGACGACGGACUCGGACGAGCGACCAAGAAGACGCUUCCAAACGAUCUCGAGCCCGCGUUUCACGCGCCUGCACACGCUGUCGAGCCCGCAAAGAUAAGUGCGAUGCAAAGCAACCAGAGUGCUCAAAUUGUCUCAAUGCUGGGCAACCAUGUCUGUACGUGGCCGCGAACAAGAAGAGAGGGCUCCCGGAGGGAUAUGUCCGCGGGCUGGAGAAGUUAUGGGCUGUCAUGUUACGGAAGGUGCACGGACUAGAUGAUACUGUGCAGCUGGUGGUCAACCAGAAUGAGGAAGAGCUGGUACGGAUAUGGAACCAUCAGAAGUUUGGGGACGAGCUUCACACGGCAUGGAAAGAGUCCAAGGUGCUUACAGAGUUGGAAAAGCUCUUAUCCCGCCUCGAGCACGCCCCCUCGAUCCACCACAAGCGUAAACGCGACAGCGAAGACGGCAAUGAACCGGCACAGCCUCUGAGUGAUGCUCAAAGCGAUAGACCUGUGCUCACACCAGAUUUCAAGGUCAUUGAGAUGUCAGAGAGCCACGAGCCGGUGAGCCAUCCAAGCAUACAAGAUCUGGGGCCUGACUUGGGAGAGUGUCUACUUCAGAACCGACCCGGCACUCCAAAGGCUGAACAAGAGCCUCUUCCAUCUUCGGCCUCGCGCCUCUUGGAUCAGUAUUUCACCUUCACCCACUGUUGGUUUCCCAUCCUGGACAGGCCUGCUACCCUCCGUAAAUUUUACGAACACACCAUGCCUCACAAACGACGUCCUCUCGACACGGCUGAUCUUUCCUGUAUGUGGGCGAUUUGUGCGUACUCCCACCAACAGACCGGACAUCUUUGGUCGGCGCCCCACACGACACCUGGCCAAAGUGUUGCUGAGAUGCGUUCUCUGGCGAGGAAGCUGAUACCCACCGACAGCGGCCCUUUCUCGUUUGGUCACGUUCAGGCUUUAUUGUUGCUGGUCCUACUUGACAUUGGCACUGGUGACUGGACGUCCGCCUGGAUGCUGGUGGGCUCUGCUAUACGGGCUCUGCUCCUCUCCUCGGGGCUGGAAGUGGCCCCGUCCAAGCCACUGACGGGUCUAUAUCCUGACUCUGGUAUCAACAGGCCCGAAAGCGCUGCCGGGUUUGGACCCGUACCCGCUGGUUUCAAGCAGAAGAGCUGGCAGGCCGUCCUACAAGGCUGUUUUGUCUUGGAAACCAUCAUCGCGAUCCGUUUGAAGAAGCUACCUCAUCUUCAGAGUGGUCAUUUGAGUCCUUCUAAGCUUCUCGAGGAAGACGGACACGAAGAGUGGGAACCGUGGAAAGCAGCAGCUGGCCAUGAUGGCGCCGAGUCUAGAGAACCGGCUUUCGUGAUAAGUUGCUUCAACCGACUGACCGAGCUCUGUAUGAUUGCCAGUGAUGUAUUUUGCACCAAAAGCUCCCAGAUGACCGGCGGAAUGCCAAUAAGCCAGCAUGUUACAUCACGACUGGGUUCGCUGAGCGAGAAGUAUCCUUUCGCAGUCUCGGACGUCACCCGACGCCCACCACAUCAGAUGAUUUUACAGACAUGUCACUUUGCAGUUCAAGCGAUCAAUUCUCAGUCGAACGGCAUGGUUCAGCCAGGACCCAGGUGGAACUUCAUUGAGAGCCUGGAGCUGUUUGAACAUUCAUGGAACCUUUUCGACGAAUGCGGCGUUCCAUCCAUCCUCAUACCACUGUUCCAUCUGACCAGUCCAGGCGCCAAUUCUUCUGCAUCGCCCUUUGGCGGUCAUGAUUUACUUCUGGAAAAGUUCGACAAGGUUCGGUCGAGGUUGGCCACCAUCUGGCCAGGAGCAGAAUCAGUGAACGACGGCAGUACGCGGAUGGCACCAACAGGUCAUUCGAACCAAAACUCAGUGCUGCGAUCCAGCAGUGUCUUGCAGACGCCACCAAUGUACAACAGUCUUGCGCCCGGUCCAAGCAGCCGCAGAGAUCUGGGGUCGCGGGGAGCUGACGCUCGGGAGCCGAUUUUCUUUCCAUAUCAGGACAUAGCUCAUUAUGCAAAUGCACCAGGGGAGGACCAGCCGACUGGAUCGACCUCUGUGGAUUACGGUGCUAUGAGUAUUGACUUGCCGGAAGAUGGCAACGGGGUGAGCCACGGCCCCGGGUUGUUGGCCCAAAAAGCCAACUUUUCAGGGCUCGCGACAUCUCCGAGCUUUGACGGAGACGAGAUCGAUGCCCUGUUCCACGAAAUGGCUCAACUAGAUACAACUCAAUGGACGGUUGACAGGACCCAGGGACUCAGGGACUUUGGGUUCGCGGACGACACAACCUUCGAAGCCUUUUGUAAUGAUCCCGACCGCUUGAUGCUGUCGGAUGCGUAUAUGGGUCCUGUUUUUAAUAGCCAAGGCAACAUCCCACGCGGAGGCCAAGCUGGAGUAUUGAGCAAUAACGGCUCGCGGAUUGGAAACAUGAGUUUUGACGAUAUAUUCCGAUGA